AAUCGCCGUGCAGUUCAACAGGCAAGCAGCAUCGGAACCAGUGUCCUAGAAGAAGCGGAACAGGAAUAUAGCUUCAAAGCGCAAUUGCAUUCAGUAAGAAGUGCUCUGUCGUAGGAGAAAGUGUCCACACUGAACCGUAUCGAGCAUCAAACGCACCAUGGGGAAGUCGGUAGUGCUGCUGACACUACUGUUUGUCGGCUAUGCCGCUGCAGGUUCUGCAUCGUGGUCCGAAGACAUUUCAGUGCACAAUAAUCAAGCGGUGACAGGAAUACACUACUCCCAGCACGAAUCAUCUGUUAACGCAGCACGACGAGCAGCCGCAGAGCGUCUGCAACAGGCCGCAGCAUUGGUGGCCGCAAGCGCACCAGGUCCUUGCGACACACUGUGCUACAACGGCUACACGGCCGAUGCCGGCGAUGUGGAAACCAUCGGUCAAGGUAUCGUUGGAUUCACAUCAACUGGCACCGCCGCCGGUGGAGCCGUAUCUGGAGCGUCACAGAAGUACUCGUCCUCUUCACGCGUCCACGAAUCCAGCGUCCAGAAUGUGCACACUGCAGUUCCGGUUCCCGUGCCCGUUCCCGUCUAUCCCGCUACCGCGACCGGCAGUCGGUCAAGUUUCAGUAGCUCAUCCUCCUCCCGACAUCACACCGCUUCCCAGGUUGCUCAGCCGGUUCUAGGGCAGCAGCAGCAACUCUACGCUACCCAUGGUCUCGAGCAUGGCCGUACCCAUUCCAAUGUAGUCGCCGCUGGUGGAGUACGGGAAGGAACGUACAUACAGCCGGUGGUCUAUCCGGUCAUUGCCCCGGUUACUCACAGUACCUCACAGAGUAGCUACGGACGAUCGAGUUCGGUAAUCAAUCAGCGACCGGCUACGGAGACGGUUUACGUUCAGGUUCCGGUCGUCGAUACGGCGGCAGUCAGCAGCAACAGUAACUUCAACACUCGCUCCAGCUAUGUAGCGUCCUCGGAUCAACAGCAACAGCAGGUGCAACCGAGUCACUACUCAAACGCGGCUAGCACCGGGUAUGCAAACCGGAACGAGUAUGCUUCGCAGCAUCAGGAUCAGCAGUACCGUCGGUAUCCUGCGAAGAGCACAACCUACGUGCUGUACUCGAAACCAAGCGUACCCGUUGGCACUUACUAUGCUCCAUCGCGAUCGCAUGUUGAGGAAAGUGCUUCGACCACUUACGAUGCUUCGGGGCGUGUUGUGAACCUGGCCGGAGCACAACGGACCUUGAACGAGCGCACGGAUGAACAGCGUACUCAGCGGGUUCACGAUAAUGUUGGACGCGUUCUAGUGGAGACCGGUGCUCCUCUGGGGGAAACAUACGGUGACGAAGUGGAUAGUUAUGUCGAUCGAUCGGAUCAGCAACAUUCGUUGAGGGUAGCGAGUGGUGCGGCUUCCGGAUCCCAGCGUACCGAGCAUCAACAGCAACAGCAUCAAUACGUUCGCACUGGUUCGUACGUUCCGACGGCCCCGGUACAGCACACGGCAGGAACGGCCAGUUCUCAGCAGUCCCGGUACAGUAGCUCAGCGCACGCGACGGAAUCACAACGACGCCAAUCGUAUCAACCGGUCGUUCACGUGGAUACUCCACUGGUAACUCAUGGCGCAGCCGGUGCUGGUUCCAGUGUGGCCACAUCCGAGUACGAAAGUACGCUGGAGCAACGUCGCCAGAGUAGCGGAGGAUACGUACCGAUCGUUGCUCAACCGGUGGCGUCCGGUGUAGCGAGCUCAUCCUCCUCCAACCGUUACCAAAGUGCUCAUGAACAACGCAGCACGAACACUCUUGCCUCUGGGGCCAGUACAGCCGGUAACGCAGGAUCCGGAUAUUACAAUGGAGGCGUUGGUGCGUCCGGUUAUGGAACGCAGUACGCGGCAAAGACAAGCUCGGCACAGCAUAGCAGCAGCAGCAGCAGCAGCAGCAGCGGAGGUCGCUACAGUAAGGCUGGAUCACCCAGUCUGCAGUACUAUCCGAUCACGAACGAUGAGAUGGGCCGCCGGUUCGGUGGUGUCGGUGGCAGUGCCACUGGACUCGGUGCUAAUGCCGAUCUCGAAGGGAUCAUGAGCGAAACGGAGCUGCUGGCACGGGAACAGGCCCAGAAUGUGCACAACGGAGCGGUGACCGGUAGUGGAACGAUCGAUUUGGAGAGCCACCGGGAGGAGGAUGGAUUGGGACGGCUUCCGGGAGGAUUCCAGAAAACCAAAUCCUGGUCCAGCAGCUCCAAGUGGGCCUCGGAGCAGAGGUACGGUUCCGAUGGGAAGCCCAAGACCUACAGCAUGCUGUCGACGGCCGAGAGCGAGAAGCACAACAUCAAUGGCAAGACGACGGGUUAUAAGGCGGCCACCACCACGCUCGAGGAUGACGGUAAGGUCAGCACGUACAGUCUGCACACGGCGUGAGAUGGCCGCGGGAACAGAAGGUGCAGAAGGAUGAUGAUGAGAAGAUGUUCGGACCAGUUCCUGGUCUGGUGAAGCCAUUAAUUUAUGUCGAUUGUUUUAAGUAGCGUGGACCAAUAAAACGCUAGAAUCUAGUUACGAACGGA